AUAAAAUGACAAAAAAAAAAAAAAAAGCAGUGAUAAAAAUUUUUAAAGCACCAAGUGAGAAAAAGACAAUUACAUACAAAGGAAACUCCAUAAGGCUAUCAGUGGGUUUUUCAGCAGAAACAUUACAGGCUAGAAAGGAGUGGCAUGAUAUAUUCAAAGAGGUGAAAGGGAAAAAAUUUCAGCCAAGAAUACUUUCUCCAUCAAGGCAACUAUUCAGAAUAGAAGGAGAGAUAGAAUUUCUCAAACAAAAACCAAAGGAGUUCAUGACCACUAAACCAGCCCUACAGGAAAUAUUAAAGGGGACUCUUUGAGUGGAAAGGAAAGACCAUAAGUGAGAGUAUGAAAAGUAAAAAAACAAAGGCAGUAAAAAUAAGUAUUUCUGUAAAAAUCAGUCAAGAGAUUCAUAAAAUAAAAGUAUAUAAAAUAUGACAACAUAUACCUAAAAGGUGAUGGGGAGAGGAGUAAAGAAUGAGCUCAAGCUAACACAACCAUCAAACUGAUAUAGACAGAAGAUGCUAUACACAACCCUAAUGGUAACCAUAAAUCCAAAAUCAGUAAUAGAUAUGCAAAGAAUAAAGAGAAGAGAAUCCAAGUAUAUCACUAAAAAAAAGCUGACUAAUCAUAAGAGAAGAGAGCCAAGGAAGAAAGGAACAAAGAACUACAAAAACAACCAUGAAGCAAGUAACAAAAUGCCAAUAAAUACAUAUCUAUCAAUAAUUACUUUGAAUGUAAAUGCGCUAAAUGCUUCAUUCAAAAGACACAGGACAACAGAGUGGAUUAAAAAAAUAAUAAUAAUAACAAGACCCCCCAAAAAGACCCAUCUAUAUGCUGUGUACAAGAGACUCAUUUCAGACUGAAAGACAUCUGCAGAUUGAAAGUGAAGGGAUGGAGCCCCACCCAAUCAGAGGCACAGCAGGCUCAUGACUCCAGGCCUGGACGUCAGAGCUAAGAAGUGUUCAGAACCCAAGUCAUGGAUCCACCUAUGCGUAAAGAAAAUUCCAAAGUUAAACAACCUGUCAGCAAAGUUGAGAAGGCCAAGCAGAAAUCAGCCCAGCAGGAGCUGAAGCAAAGACAAAGAGCAGAGAUCUAUGACCUCAACAGAGUCAUGACAGAACCUGAGCAGCAAGAGUUCAAUGAGUUCUGUAAACAGAUGCAGCCGUCUGGAGAGUGAGCCACUCCUUGUUCAAACUAGAUGGGACCCCAGAGGCUUUGUCUGUCAGCUUGUUACUAGUUUUAGGCUGAGAUGGUUCAUUUGGAACAGUACAGAACUAGACAGGAAGACAUUUGUGUUAUCCCUAAAACUGGAUAAAUCUGAACUUACUGCAUGUAACGUUGGCUUCACUGAUUCCUCCAGUCUGAAUUAUCUCAGUACUUACUGAAGAGACUUGUUUUAUUCUUCUUAGACAAUAGAUUUUUUAUGUUUCUGUUGUUUGAGAAAAAUCAGUGUUUCUUGUGAAACUGUAGAUCUUCUCCAAAAGUAUAAAUAAAAUACUAAUAAAAAAAAAAGUGAGGGCAUGGAGAAACAUUCAGUAUGCAAAUGGAUGCCAGAAGAAAGCUAGGAUAGCAAGUCUUAUAUUGGAACAAAUAGAUUGUAAAACAAUGAAUGUAACAAGAGACAAAAAAGGACACUAUUUGUUAAUAAAGGGGACAAUCUAACAAGAGGGUAUAAUAAUUGUAAAUAGUUAUUCACCCAACAUGGAAAUACCCAAAUACAUAAAACAGUUAAUACCAAACAUAAAGGAAUUAAUUUAUAGUAAUAAAAUAAUAGUAGGGGACAUUAACACUCCACUUACAUCAUCCAAACAUAAAAUCAACAAAAAAACAGUGGCUUUGAAUGACACACUGGACAGAUGGAUGUAACAGACAUAUUCAGAGCAUUCCAUCAUAAAACAGCAGAAUACACAUUCUUUUCAAAUACACAUGGAACAUUCUCCAGAACAGAUCACAUAUUAGGCCACAAAACAAGUCUCAACAAAUUCAAAAAAAAAAAAAUCUAAGUUAUACCAUGCAUCUUUUCUGACCACAAUGCUAUGAAACUAGAAAAAGAAAAAAAUCUGAAAAGACCACAAAUACAUGGAGUUUAAAUAACAUGCUACUAAACAGUGAAUGGGUCAACCAAUAAAUCAAAAUAAAUAAAUAAGUAAAUUACAUGGAAACAGAUGAAAAUGAAAACACAACAUCCUAAAUCUUUGGGAUGCAGCAAAAGUGGUUCUAAGAGGGAAGUUCGUAGCAUCAUGGGCCCACCUCAAGAAGCAAGAAAAACCACAAACAACCUAAUCUUACACCCAAAGGAGCUAAAGAAAAAACAAGCAAAACCCAAACCCAGCAAAAGGAAGGAAAUAAUAUAAGAUUAGAGCAGAAAUAAAUGAUAUAAAAACUAUAAAUAAAUACAUAAAUAAAUAAAUAAAUAAAUAAAUAAAUAAAUAAAACCAGGAGAGAGAGAGAGAAAGAGAGACAAUGCAGUUAAAAUCACCAGUGAAAGGGGUGCCUGGGUGGCUCAGUUGGUUAAGUGUCUGACUUCCACUCAGGUCAUGAUCUUACCACUCAUGAGUUUGAGCCCCACGUCGGGCUCUGUGCUGACAGCUCAGAGCCUGGAGCCUGCUUUAGAUUCUGUGUCUCCCUCUCUCUCUGUCCCUCCCCCACUGGUGCUCUGUCUGUCUCUCAGAAAUAAAUAAAUGUUAAAUUUUUUUUUAAAAAAAUCACCAGUGCAAGAGGAGAAAUAACAAUCAACACCACAGAAACACAAAAUAAUUGUAACAAUAUUAUGAAAAUAAAACAUAUAUGCCAACAAAUGGGAUAACUUAGAAGAAAUGGAUAAAUUCCUAGAAACAUAUACCCUCUAAAACAAAAGCAAGAAGAAAUAGAAAAUUUGAACAGACCAAUUACCAACAACAAAAUUGAAUCAGUAAUCAAAAAUUCCCAAAAAACAAAAAGUCCAGUACCAGACAGCUUCACAGACAAAUUCUACCAGAAGUUUAAAGAAGAGUUAAUACUUUUUCUUCUCAAACUAUUCCAAAAAAUAGAAGGGAAAGGGAAACUUCCAAAUUCAUUCUAUGAGGCCAGUAUCACCCUGAUAGCAAACCCAGUUAAAGACACCACAAAAAGGAAAAAAAAAAAAAAGGAUUACAGGCCAAUAUCUCUCAUGAAUAUAGAUGCAAAAAUUCCUAACAAAAUAAGCAAGCCAAAUUCAACAAUACAUUAAAAAAAAAAACCCUACACCACGAUUAAGUGUGCAUCCCUAGGAUGCAAGUGUCAUUCAAUAUUUGCAAAAAAUCAAUGGUAUGUCACAUGAAGAAGGGAAAGAAUAUGAUCAUUUCAAUAGAUGCAGUAAAAGCAUUUGACAAAGUACAACAUCCAUUCGUGACAAAAACCCUCAAUAAAGUAGGUUUAGAGGGAACAUAUCUCAACAUAAUAAAGGCCUUAUAUGAAAAAC